AAUCGCCAGUAGCCAACCGAUUGCCAACAACAACAACAACUGCAACUUUUCUCUCUCUGCAAUUCCAUCGAAAAGCUUUCAUCUUCUUUAAUCUUUUAUUUUUUUAGGGUUUCUUCAGUGAUCUGAUUGUUAAUUUUCUCUACCUUAAUUUAUUAUUUCUGGGUUUGUUCGAGUCGGUUAAUCGCUGCUUAUUUUAUGUAAUUAGGGGUGAAUUUGAAAUUUUUAUUGAAAAUUUGAGAAUUGGUGGAUUGGGUCACUUCGAUGAAGCUUCUUAUUGUUUGUGGAGGUUAAAAUUUGGUGUUUUAAUAGAUCAGAAGGGGAUAGAUAAACUUUAAAAAGAGGAUCAGAUAGUAAUUUGCUAAAGCAAUUGAUUUGAUUUGAAUAUAUGGCUGCUGGUAUGGAUUUUUCCCCUCCGUUUACUGUGUUAGAAGUAUCGUCCAUGGAAAAUCAGAAUUCCGAUAAUCUUAAACAAACGACCACUGCUAAUGGCAAACCUCCACGUCAUCUCUCCGUUAUGCGCCAUAGUAUGAGCUCCAUGAGGAUGCUCUCUGCUGCUGAUCUGGCAACGGAUGUUCAUGUUGGAAUUGUUGUCAGUAAAUCUCCUUCUGAUGAAAGUUCAAAUUUUCUUCCCGUCUUUCGAUCAGGGAGCUGUGCUGAAGGAGGGCCUAAACAGUAUAUGGAGGAUGAACAUGUAUGUAUAGAUAAUCUUAUUGAGCAUUUAGGUGCCGAUGCCAACUUCCCCUCACCUGGAGCUUUUUAUGGGGUGUUUGAUGGGCAUGGAGGUACAGAUGCUGCAUCAUUUGUUAGAAAUAAUAUUCUCAGGUUCAUAGUUGAGGAUACUCAUUUCGCAAUUUGUGUGGAGAAGGCGAUUAAGAGUGCUUUUGUUAGGGCAGAUUAUGCAUUUGCAGAUGAUAGUAAACUUGAUAUCUCCUCUGGUACCACGGCACUAACUGCCCUUAUCUUUGGAAGGAGUUUGGUGAUUGCCAAUGCUGGAGAUUGUCGAGCAGUGCUCGGAAGGCGCGGUAGAGCAAUUGAGAUGUCCAAAGACCACAAGCCAAAUUGCAUUUCUGAGAGAUUGAGAAUUGAAAAAUUGGGUGGAGUCAUAUAUGAUGGCUACCUCAAUGGCCAGUUAUCUGUUGCACGUGCCCUAGGUGACUGGCACAUGAAGGGACCUAAAGGUUCUGCUUGCCCUCUAAGUGCAGAGCCAGAAUUGCAGGAGACAAAUCUAACAGAGGACGACGAGUUCUUGAUCCUGGGCUGUGAUGGCCUGUGGGAUGUAAUGAGCAGCCAAUGCGCGGUAACAAUUGCAAGGAAAGAGCUGAUGCUCCAUAAUGAUCCAGAAAGAUGCUCAAGGGAAUUAGUCAGAGAAGCACUCAUACGCAACACAUGUGACAAUGUAACAGUAAUAGUUAUUUGUUUUUCCCCAGAUCCACCCCCUCGGAUAGAAAUUCCUCAAUGCCGAGUUCGAAGAAGCAUAUCAGCAGAAGGUCUAAAUUUACUCAAGGGUGUGUUGGAUGGAAACUCAUGAAACAAGCCGAUGGCUUAGGAGACGUGUACAAAAUGCAUUGAAAUCUUAGAAGUGGUAAGGAUGAAUUUUUGUCUCUCAACUGCUUGUUCUCUCUGACACGGAUGGCAUUCAGCCUUGUUGAGGGAAAUAAAGAUGGUAACAGAAUGCGAUUCUUUCGAGUUUCAAACCCCUGUAAAUCUCUGAUCUUUUAUGUUGUACGAUUUGGAUGGGUUCAUUGUUCCAUAGGCUUCUUCCUCUCCUUCGUCAUUUCUCCUUUGUAUAUAAACUCAGAAAAAAGGGGUAUGUAUUUUAUGCUCAUUUAGUUGGUUGAAUCUCUAUCAUGUCAAUUGAUUUGACAGAAUCUUCCAUAACAUACCUUAGUUAUGUUUA